UUUGCAAUGGAAGGAAAGUCUUUCUUUGGCCAAUACUUAAUAUGGGUGAUGUUACUGUUGUGGCAGAUACACGGAUGCAAAAGCUGCAUAAUGAGAGAAAGGAAGGCCUUGUUGGAGCUCAAGAAUUACUUGAUGUCAAAGAGUUCCAAAUCGCAGGUCGGAACGGCCCUCGAAGAAAGACCUGAAGAAUAUGCGACUACUGAACUUGUUCUCUCUAAUUUUGCUACUUGGACUAAUGACACAAAGAGCGAUUGCUGUCGGUGGAAUGGCAUUAAGUGCAAUCAUACAAGCAGGCGUAUUACUGGUCUUUCUGUUGGUGGUGGAUCCAGUGGGAUCUUUAGCGAAGAGCCUUCUCUCCUAAAUCUUUCUUUGCUGCAUCCCUUUGACGCGCUUGGAAGUCUAAAUUUAUCCGGGGAAAGAUACGUCAACUCAUUAAUUACUGGCUUCUUCGAUGAUGUUGAAGGUUAUAAAAGCUUAAGGAGAUUAAGGAACCUGGAGAUUCUGGAUGUCUCAUGGAAUGAUCUCAAUAACAGCAUCUUUCCUUUUCUAAAUGCCGCUACAUCACUUACAACUCUGUUUCUCCGGGGUAACUUCAGAGAUGGCCCUUUCCCUAUUAAAGAGUUUAGUCACCUCAAAAAGCUGAAAGCUCUGGAUCUAAGUUUAAAUGAAUUUUCUAGCUCAAUGGAACUACAAGAACUAAAAACCUUGAAAAAUUUGGAACUGUUGAACCUAAGUGGAAAUAGACUUCACGGCUCCAUCUCAGAACUAAUAAAUUUGCCUAAACUGGAACUGCUUAAUCUUGCUCGGAAUAGUUUCAGCGGACCUAUAACAGCUCUUUGUGAAAUGAAGAAUCUGCGGGAGCUCGAUCUUAGUGAAAAUCAUUUUGCUGGCCAGCUUCCUCUUUGUCUAGGUAGCUUGAAAAAGCUACGUGUUCUUGAUCUCUCAUCCAACCAACUAAGUGGAAAUCUGCCGUCUAGUUUCAGUAGCCUCAAGUCCCUGGAGUAUCUAUCAUUGUUAAACAACAUCUUUUCAAGCUUAUUCUCUCUCAACCCACUCACCAACCUCACAAAUCUCAAGGUGUUAAAACUUUCAACAACGUCUGAUAUGCUACAAGUAGAGUCAGAGGGUACUUGGCAGCCAAAAUUUCAGCUGAGAGUUGCGGUACUACGAUCUUGCAGCUUGGAGAAAAUCCCUACGUUUCUCGUGUACCAAAAGAACUUGCGUCUGGUUGAUCUAUCCAGCAACAGAUUAUCCGGAAACUCUCCUACUUGGCUGCUGGCGAAUAAUACAAAACUUGAAGUCUUACUGUUGCAGAACAAUUCAUUCAAUAUCUUUCAGAUGCCUACAAUAGUGCAUAAUUUACAGUUCUUAGAUUUUUCAACGAAUGAUAUUGGUGGACUGUUCCCUGAUAACAUUGGUCUUUGGCUUCCGUGUCUUGUACAUAUGAAUGCCUCAAAUAAUGGACUACAAGGGGGUUUUCCAUCGUCAAUGGGUGAGAUGAAGAACAUUUCAUUCCUCGACCUAUCUUAUAAUAACUUCUCUGGGAAGCUACCAGGAAGCUUUCUAACGGGUUGUUCUGAACUAAAGUACCUGAAGCUCUCUCACAACAAAUUUAGCGGUCAUUUUCUUCCAAUAGAAACAAGCUUCACUUCAUUGGAGGUGUUGAGAAUAGAUAACAACUUAUUUACAGGGAAGAUCGGAGUUGGUUUGCUUAGCUCCACUGCGUACUUGUCAAUGCUUGACAUGUCCCACAAUUUUUUCACUGGUGCUAUUCCAAGUUGGAUAUCUAAGUUUCCUUUUUUGGGGUUCUUGUUGUUAUCAAACAAUUUCUUACAAGGUACGAUACCACCUUCUCUGUUGCUCAUUUCGUUUCUGGACCUCUCUGAAAACUUAUUUUCGGGAGCCUUACCGUCGUCACAUGUCCAAGGUAGAACUGUCUUCCUCAACAACAACAACUUGACAGGGUCAAUUCCAAGCACUUUGUUGGAAGGUGUCGAGAUACUUGAUCUGCGGAACAAUAAACUCUCUGGGAGUAUCCCCCAGUUUGUCAGCAGUACACAUGACAUAAAUAUUCUUUUGUUAAGGGGGAACAAUUUAACAGGGUCCAUUCCAAAGCAGCUGUGUGAUUUGAGAAAUAUCAGGCUUUUAGAUCUUUCACAUAACAAGCUCAGUGGCUCCAUACCUUCAUGCCCCUAUACUACAUCAGUUCUACGAGGAGGAGAGGAGAGUACGGUUAUCGAACCGCAAACUUCUUUUGAACUGAGUUAUCAUUCUGAAUAUUACAGAUCGACAUUUCUGGUAGAGGAGUUCCAAGUAUAUGUCGCUGCCUUUCAUGAAAUUGAAAUCCAAUUUGCAACUAAGCAAAGGUACGAUUCUUAUAGUCUUGGAGAAUCUUGGUUUAGUGAUUCUUAUAGCCAUGGAGGAUCUUGGUUAAAUUUUUUCCAUGGUAAUGAUUCAGAGUUCAGAAUGGGAAUACUUGAUUAUAUGUUUGGGAUGGAUCUGUCAGGCAAUGAAUUAAGUGGUGUUAUCCCGGAAGAGCUUGGAAAUCUCUCGAGAGUGCGAGCCCUUAAUCUAUCUCACAAUUUCUUGUCGAGUUCUAUACCAUCCAGCUUCUCUAAUUUAAAGGAUAUUGAGAGCCUUGAUCUUUCCUACAACAAGUUGCAAGGAAGCAUUCCUUACCAGCUAACCAGCCUUACAUUUCUUGAAGUGUUUGACGUGUCUCACAACAAUUUAUCAGGAAUCAUUCCCCAAGGAAGGCAAUUUAACACUUUCAACGAGAGUAGAUACUUAGGCAAUCCACUUUUGUGUGGACCACCGACCCAUAUAAGUUGUGAGGCUAAGAAGAGCUCAGAGGAAGCAAAUAAUGGAGGAGGAGAAGAAGAAAAUGAAGCUAACAUGGAUAGAGUUGUAUUCUAUUAUGGGACUGCCUCAGUUUAUGUGACCACAUUGGUAUGUAUCGUUGUACUUAUGUGCUUUGAUUGUCCUUGGCGUCGAGCAUGGCUCCGCAUUGUCGAUACUUUCAUCGCUUCAGCAAAAGAUAUGUUGUUUUAAAAUCUUUUCAGCUCAAUUUCUUGGAUAUUUCUAUCCAAACUCAAAGCUUGAGUCUACUGUGUUCCUGUAAGUGUUUGUGUUUUUGUUUCAUGUCCUAGCAAAACCUUAAAUAAACUAAUCUGUUUACUGUCUCCCGUACGAUUUAAGAGCGUUUUCUGGAAAGACUUUGACGUCUUAUCAAACAAU